GGACUCUCGGGAGUUUCAGUCGGUUUUCAGUUUCAGUUGGUUUCAGUUCCUCCGCGGUACGUACCGAACUCGCGGUGUAUAGUGAGUGUUAUCUUUACGCAGACAGCGUCCUUUAAAGGGAUGGAGAUUUUUAGCAGGCGACGUAUAAUAUCGCCGCUAAUAGUAGCUAUAGUAUUUAUUACCUUCUUCCACAAUGUAUUGAGUAAACAUAAAAUUCGACAUUAUAAAGAUAGAUUUAAACGGCAGCAAGGAGCGAACCUUUACCUUCCAGGCAGUUAUAUUCAAGAUAAUAAUGACGAAGAAAGCGGUCCAUGGGAGGAAUGGUCAGCGCCAAGUCCUUGUUCAAGGACGUGCGGUGGGGGAGUAUCUACUCAGAAUAGGAAAUGUACGCAGGGAUACGAAUGUACGGGACCAUCUGCUAGAUACGUUUCUUGUAAUACACAGGAUUGCCCAGACCAAGCAGAUUUUAGAAGUCAACAGUGUGCAGAUCACAAUGCUAUACCUUUUGAAGGGGCACUUUAUGAAUGGGUGCCAUACACGAAAGCACCAAAUCCUUGCGAACUAAAUUGUAUGCCAAAGGGUGAAAGAUUCUAUUACAGACACGCAGAUGCUGUAGUCGACGGCACCAGAUGCAACGAUGAAGCAUUCGAUGUUUGUGUAAAUGGCACAUGUCAACCCGUAGGGUGUGACAGGAUGCUAGGAUCCAACGCUAGAGAAGAUCAAUGUCGAGUUUGUGGAGGAGAUGGAAGUACCUGUAACACUUUCACCAAUACCAUUCCAAUGAAAGAUAUGCAAGUUGGUUACAAUGAUAUUCUACUCAUUCCUGCUGGCGCCACAAACAUUAGAGUCGAGGAAUUGGCACCAUCUAACAAUUAUUUAGCUGUAAGAAAUAAAACAGGUUUUUACUAUUUAAACGGAAAUUGGAGAAUAGAUUUUCCUAGAAGUAUAGAUUUUGCUGGAACAAGAUUUAAAUACGAUAGACAACCACAAGAAUUUGAUGCGCCAGAUAUAUUAACUGCUCUGGGUCCAACGGAUGAAUCUCUAUUUAUUGUUCUAUUAUAUCAAGGCGCAGAUAUACCAAUUAGUUACAGUUACAGUUUGCCCACAAGUGUCCCACCACCUUCAACCGAAAGAUAUUCCUGGAUUUAUGACGAAUUUACGCCAUGUUCAGCCAAAUGUGGAAGAGGUGUUCAGUACAGAAACGUAUCUUGCGCAGGCAGAAAUUCCCUUGAACCCGCAGAUGAAACCCUAUGCGAUAAAGAAUCAAAACCCCAGUCUGUCCAAUCUUGCAACGAGUUUGACUGCGAAGCUACUUGGAUCAUAAACCCAUGGAGCGCAUGUUCAUAUCCCUGUGGAAAAGGCGGUACAAAAACAAGGCAAAUUACUUGUCAAAAAACGUCUUCCAACGGUUUACAAGAAGUAGUUGGCGAUGAAAUUUGUUCCGAAAUGCAAAGCAAACCGCCUACCGAAGAAAAGUGUAACGAAGGAAAAACUUGUUCUAAAUGGCAUACGGAUCCAUGGAAACCAUGCGAUCAUCUUUGCGGACCUGGAAAGCAGACAAGAAAAGUAAUCUGCUAUACUGACACGAACGGCAAAAAAGAAGUGCGGGAUAACAACGAAUGUGAACAAGUGGAAUCAAAACCAGAAGAAGAAAAGGAUUGCGUUGUCAGACCGUGUGAAGGAGUCGACUGGCUGAUGUCUCAAUGGACAGGGUGCGAUAAAUGUGGCCUAACUAACGAAACUAGAAAAGUUUUCUGUGCGACGGCAAGCGGUGAAAUUCAAGCAGACGAUCUGUGUGAUCAAGAAAGAAAACCUGAAGUUGUUAGAGAAUGCGAAGUGGCUAAUAAUGCAUGUCAGUAUUUAUGGUAUGCAUCGCAAUGGAGCGAGUGUUCCGCCAAUUGCGGCCAAGGCGUUCAAACCAGAACAAUAUUUUGCGGGGCUUCGACUGUGAAUGGAGUUCAAAAAGUAGAAAACGAUAAGUGCGACCCAUCCAAAAAUUUCGACACCAUCAAAAACUGUACCGGCGAAAAGGAAACCUGCGACGGCGAAUGGUUCAGCGGACCAUGGGGAGAGUGUUCUAAACCAUGUGGCGGUGGAGAACGUUCCAAAAAAGUCGUUUGCGUUAAGGAGAAUCAAGUAGUCGACGCAUCUUCCUGUGAUAGUUCAAAUAUUGAAUUUUCUGAAGAAACUUGUAAUCAACAACCUUGUUCUGAAGAUACCAUCAUUCCUACAGAUAUAACACAGGCUGUAGACGAAUCUGAACCAACUAAAGAAUCGUCUCAAAAGAGAGAAGCAACAACGACGCCUAUUACUACUGGUUCGGAAGAUACAGACGGCACUGAAGGUACAGUACCUAGCAUAUCUGACGCUUCAGAAGUUACUGCCGUUUUCGAAGGAACCACCAGUAGAACACCUACUACAACUGAAAAUCCUGAUGAUUUUGAAAUAGUACCAGAUGAUAAUUGCGACGAUGGCGAAUGGGUGGAUGUAGAAGAAGAGGAAGAAGAUGAGAACGAAAAAUUAGCAUCAGAAAUGCCUCAAGGAGACGAUCCUUUCGCUUUCGACGACAUCAUGUUAGGCGAUCAAAAUUUACUAGUAGGCUCUGGUGAUGGUGAAGGAUCUUCUUCGUCAUCUUCGACCUGGUCUACCGAUUCAUCUACUUCGACUGAUUCUACUUGGUCUACAGAAUCAUCUUUAUCUACAAGUGAAUUUGAAGGUUCUGGCUUUUCAGAGUUUAUCGGAGAAUCAGAUGUUGGAGUAAAAACAGUUACUACUACAAGAGCUUCAACCGUUGCAUUUACAGGGUCUACAGAAAGUACCGUAGAGUUCACUGGAUCUACAUCAGAACCAGAAACAACUACCGAAUUUACCGGAUCAACUGAAUUUGCUGAAAGCACAACAACAGGAUCAACAGAAUCAACAGAAUUCACGGACUCUACAGAACCAUCAGAAAUUACGACAGAAUUUACGGGAUCCACAGAGUCAACUGAAAGUACAACAGAGGGAUCAACAGAAAGUACAAUUGAAUUUACAGGUUCAACUGAAUCUACAGAAAGCACAACAGCUGGUUCAACAGAAAGUACUACAGAGUUUACAGGCUCAACAGAGUCUACCGAAAGUACAACUGCAGGAUCAACGGAAACUACUACAGAAUAUACAGGUUCAACUGAAUCUACAGAAAGUACAACAGUUGGAUCGACUGAGACUACUACAGAAUUCACGGGAUCAACUGAAUCUACAGAAAGUACAACAGCUGGGUCGACUGAAACUACUAUAGAAUUCACGGGAUCAACUGAAUCAACAGAAACUACAACUGCAGGUUCAACUGAAUCUACAGAAAGUACAACUACAGGUUCAACUGAAUCCACCGAAAGUACAACUGUAGGUUCGACUGAAUCUACAGAAAGUACAACUGUAGGUUCAACUGAAUCAACCGAAAGUACAACUGUAGGUUCUACUGAAUCAACCGAAAGUACAACUGUAGGUUCUACUGAAUCAACCGAAAGUACAACUGCAGGGUCUACUGAAUCUACUGAAAGCACGACAGAAGGAUCAACAGAAAGUACAACUGCAUUUACAGGAUCUACAGAAUCUACUGAGAGUACAACAGAGGGAUCAACAGAAAGUACAACUGAAUUUACAGGAUCUACAGAAACUACUGAAAGUACAACAGAGGGAUCGACAGAAAGUACAACUGAAUUUACAGGAUCUACGGAAUCUACUGAAAGUACAACAGAAGGUUCAACUGAAAGUACAACAGAAUUUACAGGAUCAACAGAAUCUACUGAGAGUACAUCAGAAUUGACCACUGAAUACGGCACAACAUCAAUUACAGAACUGUUCACUAAAAAACCAAGGAUGUGCAAAAGAAGAAAAAUCAAAGGAUGUCAAAAAACUAAGUUCGGAUGUUGUUGGGACAAUAUAACGCCAGCAGAAGGUCCAUUUGAUAAGGGAUGUCCUACGCCUCAUACCUGUAAAGAAGCUAAGUACGGUUGCUGCGAUGAUGGUGUAUCGGCCGCGCUUGGUCCUAAAAAGGGCGGUUGCCCUCGAUCGCAAUGUAAAGAAACCUUAUUUGGAUGCUGUCCUGAUAAUAAGACACCAGCUGAAGGAAAUGAUAACGAAGGCUGUCCUCCGGAAUGUCUUAUUUCUGAAUAUGGUUGUUGCGACGAUAAUUCUACUAAAGCUGACGGACCAAAUCAUAAAGGAUGUCCUGAAGAAUCAACAACAGAAAUAUCAACGACCGAAUUCUCAACAGUGUCUAGCGAAACUGAAAUCACGAGCGAAUAUACUUCUGAAAGUGGAUCGACAGUUACCGAAUCAAAUUGUGAAUCCUCACCAUACCGAUGUUGCCCUGAUGGUGUUACAUCUGCUACAGGUCCAGGCUUUCAGGGCUGUAACUUGCCUUGUUCAGAAUCUACAUUCGGUUGCUGCCAAGACGCUAAGACGCCUGCUCACGGUCCCAGUGGUGAAGGCUGUUGCUUAUCUUCACCUUUUGGAUGUUGUCCAGAUAAUAUUUCACCAGCUAGAGGUACUAACAAUGACGGUUGUGAUUGUCAGUUCGCUCCAUAUGGUUGCUGCCCCGACAAUAAGACAUCUGCGCAAGGAUAUGAAAAAGAAGGAUGCGGUUGCGAUUACACCGAAUUCGGUUGUUGUCCCGAUGGAUACACGAAGGCGGAAGGCCCCGACUUGCAGGGUUGCCUUUGUCACACCUUCCAGUUUGGUUGCUGUCCAGAUGGAAUUACCAGCGCCAAGGGACCUCACGGACAAGGUUGUGGAUGUAGAAAUUCCGAAUUUGGUUGCUGUUCCGAUGAAAAAACAUCUGCUUCGGGACCAAAUAUGGAAGGAUGUAAAUGUGAAAAUACCAAGUUUGGUUGUUGUCUCGACGGAAUAGGUGAAGCCAAAGGAGAAAACUUUGAAGGAUGUGCCAGUAUCCCGGAAAAUCUACAAGUUGGAUGUUCGAUACCAAAGGAACGAGGAACUUGUAGAAACUAUACCGUUAAAUGGUUCUUCGAUAUGGACUAUGGCGGCUGUUCUAGAUUUUGGUACGGCGGUUGCGAUGGUAACGAAAAUCGUUAUAAAUCAAAGGAAGAAUGUGAGCAAAUUUGUGUAAAUCCCGAAGGAGAUGGCCGAUGUCAUCUGUCAAAAGUAGCUGGACCAUGUGAAGGGUAUUAUCCUCAAUGGUACUAUGAUAAAAGCAUAAAAAACUGCGCCCAAUUUAUAUAUGGCGGAUGCCUUGGUAACAAUAACAGGUUUGAGACUAGAGAAGAAUGCUUGGGUCUUUGCGUUAAAGACAGAGGCGCUGAUCCUUGUCAACAACAGAAAGACGAAGGACCUUGUCAAGGUCAGUUCCAAAGGUACUUCUUCGAUAAAGAAAACAAGCAAUGUACAGAAUUUACCUACGGGGGUUGUAAAGGUAGCAAUAACAAUUUCGCUACUGCCGAAGCCUGUAGACAACAAUGCGCACCAUCUGGUGAAAGAAAAGAUUAUUGUUUGGAACCCAAAGCCGAAGGUAACUGCACAGACGUGUACGCAACUUGGUUCUAUGAUACGCCAAAGAAAUCUUGUUCGCCGUUCUAUUACACCGGUUGUAACGGUAAUCUUAACAAUUUCCCAAGUAAGGAAGCAUGCGAAGCACAAUGUCCUCCAGAGAUUGAAAAAGAUACGUGUCAACUUCCUGCCGAAACGGGCGAUUGCGCAAAUUACGUCGACAGAUGGUAUUACGACACUAGAGAAAAAACUUGCCGGCAAUUCUACUAUGGAGGAUGCGGAGGAAACGGCAACAACUUCGAAACGCAGCAACGUUGCCAAGAGAGAUGCGAAAGGGUGGCUCCACCUCAAGAUCGUACUCAAACUGAAGUUCAACCAGUACCGACAGAGGGUACGCCAAAACCAUUCUCUAUUGAUCAGUGUUUCCAACCAAGAGAAACAGGACCAUGCCGAGCUGCAUUUACCAAAUACUUCUACGAUACCAGCGACGGAGUUUGCAAGAGUUUCAUUUACGGAGGUUGUCGAGGUAACGGAAAUAGAUUUGAUCGGAUCGAAGACUGCCUUCAAAAUUGUGGAAAUGCCCAAGAUCUUUGUACUCUGCCAGCAGUUCAGGGCGAUUGUGAGGGUGAAUAUCCCCAGUAUUAUUAUGAUCAAUCUUCAGAUUCCUGUCAGGCGUUUACGUAUACUGGAUGCGGAGGAAACUAUAACAGAUUCCAGGAUCAACAAUCUUGUGAGCAACGAUGCAAAAAAUCUGUUCCUCAACCAACAUAUACACAAGCACCCACAAGUGCUAGUCAGGCAGUUAUGUGUUUCGAAUCGCCAGAUCCAGGAAAUUGUGAUGAAAGAAUCACUGCUUUCUAUUACGAUCCGUCUAGAAGGCUAUGUCAACCAUUCAUAUACAGCGGUUGUGGAGGAAAUAACAAUCGUUUCAACAGUGAAGAACAAUGUCAGAGACAAUGUGGAGAUUUCAAAGAUCAAGAUGUCUGCAAAAUGCAAAGAGAUCCGGGACCAUGUAGGGGCUACUUUGUUAAAUACUAUUACGAAGCCUCUUCAGGAAGCUGCAAUCAAUUUGCGUAUGGAGGUUGCCAGGGUAAUGGAAAUAGGUUUAGUACAGAAGAAGAAUGUGCACAAAUCUGUAUUACGCAUCAAGAGAACAAACCAAACCUCACUGCCACAGCGUUAUGCCGGCUGCCUGUUGAUAAAGGUUCUUGCGAAGAGGGAUACCACAAACGUUGGUACUUUGACGAUUCUAGAGGAGAAUGUCUUGCGUUCAUAUUUUCUGGCUGCGGAGGCAAUUUCAACAAUUUUAAAUCAUACCAACAUUGUAUUGAAUAUUGUAGGGAAUUACUACCUCCUCCCAUUGAACCUCAAAUCACCACAGACAUGGCUCCUCACCCAUGUCAAGAAGCUUUCGAUGAAUGUACAACUUUGAGAUGUCCAUAUGGCGUGGAACCUUUCGUAGAUGAAAACGAAUGCAACAGAUGUCGUUGCAGAGAUCCAUGCUCAGAAGUAGAUUGUCUUGAAGAUGAACAAUGUGCCAUUGACUUGAACACAAAUAAGACAUCGCCACAAGACGCUGAUUUUCUAGCCAUUUGUAGAAAACAAAACAAACCGGGUUAUUGUCCGAGUCAAAUUCAAAUUGUCAAUAACAAUUGCGAAGAAGAAUGUAGAACUGACGCGGAUUGUACUGUAUACCUAAAAUGCUGUUCCACCGGUUGUGGUACGGCCUGUGUAGAUCCCACACCUCCAGGACAACUAGUCACGCAACAGAGUCAACCGGCUUAUACUGAAGGACCAGAUGAAUCGCAAUAUCAGCCACCUCAUGUAGAUCCCAUAGAAUACAAACCUGAAGUUGCAGCUUCAAUUGGAGAUCAGGCAACGUUGCGUUGUGCUGUUUCAGGCAAUCCGAAUCCUCAGAUUCGUUGGAGUAAAGACAGUAUUGAGAUUGAUGGUACACAACCUAGAUAUAGGAUAAAACUGGACCAGUCUCUACAAAUUAUAACUCUUCACAAAACCGAUUCUGGAAUAUAUCUUUGCACGGCCAGUAAUGGACUUGGAAAUCCAAUUACUAAUCAAAUUAAACUGGAAGUAAUAGAUUCCGAACAUAGACCAGUUUCAAUUCUCGCCGAACCAGGGGACGAGCAACCACUAAUUGUAUCCCUAAACGGCCCUGCCACCCUCAACUGUUACGUUCUUGGAUAUCCUUUCCCCGCUGUAACAUGGUGGAAAGACGAUUCGAUCAUUCCUUUCAAAAAUAACGAAUUCGAAAUUCGCAAAGACUACUCCCUUCUCAUUCAUUCCGUUCGGCUACAAAAUCUAGGAAUUUACACGUGUCAAGCUUAUAACGGUUUCGGCAAAGCAGCCAGUUGGUCUGUAACUGUUAAAACUCGAGGUCCGAUCAAUUUUGUUAACCCGCUUGAUCGACAAUACAAUAAAUUCGUUGUUUACCCUGAGGAAUAUUCUUCUCCUAACAUACCUAGUGUCACAACUCCUAGGAUAGAUGUGCCAUUACAACCUCAAAGACCUAAUACACCUUACUAUACUCCUUAUGUUCCCAGUUAUACAGAACCUUCCAAUGAAAUAAUUCCAAAUACUUUACCGGAUGCUCAAGCUGGACGACCGCCACCAAGUGUAACUGUACCUGCCAAAGCAAAUAUUACGACUAACGACCAGAAGUAUCCAGAUGGUAGCGACAUUGAAAUACCAUGUGAGUUUUCCGGAUAUCCUACACCUAUAGUCCAAUGGUUCAAAGAUGGGGUAGAACUUUUCGAAACGGAUAAAAUACAUAUUAGAGAAACUGAAAGAAAUAGCGUUUUAACUAUUGAACAGGCAACUAAAGCUGAUUCAGGAUACUAUCAGUGUGAAGUAACGAAUAACUACAGCAAGGCAUCUAGUGCCAUGGAAAUCUCUAUUCAAGGAAUGUACAUACAUCCGAGCUGCACUGACAAUCAGUUCUUCGCCAAUUGUGCUCUUAUAGUAAAAGCAAAGUACUGCACGCACAAAUACUACGCUAAAUUUUGCUGCAGGUCUUGUACGGAAGCAGGACUUCUCCCAGUAGAUGGACCACACAUACAAAAUUUUAAUAGGCAGAAUUCACUGAACAAUAAUUUAAUUUAAUUUUUAUAAUACCAAUACUAGUCUUUUUAUUAUUUUAAAAAGAGUGUCUUAGGAAGAAACUAUUGUCUAGGUUUUAUAAAAGACCUGACAAAUGGGUUUUGGUGAAAUUUCUUGAACAAUAGUGCCAAUCAUAUGAGUAGUUUUUUAUAUACAGGUCGUUGAAUUUGCAAAAUUUAUGACUCACCCUGUAACUAAUAUCAAUUUACGUCAUAUCAUUGGUGCGCAAGAAUAGUGACACAACUUAAAAAUUUUAAUGUUCGCGCUUAUUGUGAAAAUGUAUAAAAAAACUCGCUUAUUUUUAUGUAGAUGAACGCCAUAUUGAUACUUUCAAAAAUGACCGUUGGAAAGUGGUUGUGUCAUUCUUCCUGUACUACAAAGUUUAUGAUUAUCUAAUUAUCUUCCGACAAUCAAUGAGACAAUAUCAUCAGCUUUCGGUUAGAGUGACAUAAAUCAAACUACCCUAGUUUUAUUAAAAAUACACGGAACAUUAUUUUCAACAGUAACACAAGUCAAAUUAAGACAUCGCUGAAAAGAGCAUUAUCAAUAUGGUGUAAAAUAUGCUUUUUUGGAAGAUCGUCAUAACUCAAAAAAGAGAUGAAAAAUAUAUUUUUAGAUUUUGUUCUUAAUGUUAUCGAAGUAAACUUGAUAUUGUUUGAAUACAAGGUUACAUAAUUCUAAUUCUGCUCAAUGAUAUACGAUCGUCUAAUUUCGGCUAUAGUGACAUAAAUCAAAAUUCGCAAAUUUUAUUAAAAAUAACUAGGAACGUUAUUUUCAACCGUGACAAAUCAAAUUAGGACAUUAUUGUUGAAAAGGUCAUCAGUAUGGUGUAAAAUAUGCUUUUCUGGAAAAACGUCGUAACUCAUAAGAAGGAUGAAAAUAUAAUAUUUUUAGGUUUGUUUUUAAUUUUAUCAGAGUAAACUUGUUAUUGUUUUAAAUACAAGGUGGCACAAUUUAAAUUAUGCUCCGGCAGUCAAUGACGCAAGAUCGUCAAAUUUUGAUUAUAGUGACAUAAAUCAAAAUACUACAGUUUUAAUAAAAAUACACUAGGAAUACUAUUUUCAACAAUAGUACAAGUUAAAUUAGUACAUUAUUGUCAAGAAGGUUAUCAAUAUAGUGUGAAAUAAACCUUUCUGGAAGAUCGUCGUAACUCAAAAGAAUGAUGAAAAUAUAUUUUUAGGUAAACUUAUUAUUGUUUAAUUACAAGGUGAACACUAAUGUUUAUUUCCAAAAAAAGAUUUAAACAUUUUUAAAAUUCAUGAUGUCCUCGAAAAUCUGUUUUUGUAUUGUGUCAUUAUUCUUGUUUACCAUCGAUAUGUUAUGUUGGAAAUAUUGUUUGAUAUCAGUAAAGCAUGAUUUGCUAAGAGGUCACGCCAUUUUUAAAAAAUGGCCAAUUUUCAACUUCAAUGUCCUGUAUAGUACAUCAAAAACAAGUCAUUAAAUUGAAAUUUUCAUUGACCUCAUUUUUCCACAAGCUCUAGCUGGCUGGUCUUUUGAAAUCGAAAAAUGCAACAAAAACUUUUUAAAUUGCUAUUGUAAAGCAGCGGUUCCCAAACUGUAUCCAUUGGAGAAAGUUCGCAGAAAAUCAAAAUAUAAAUUUUAAUAUCUCAAAACUUUACCAAAUAAAUUUAAAUAUGAUUAAGCUUUCUGUUUUUGAUUUGUAAAUAGAUUUUCGCGAAACGUAACAUUAUUAAAUUCAAUAACAACCCUAAAAAAGUUUGGGAACUGUUGUUUUAAAUUGAUAUUUUUUAUAAGUGCCAUUAUAAAUCUUAAAAGUCAUGAUUAUGUAUAUUUCUAUCACUUUUUUAAAAAUAAAGAAGUUUCCUUAAUUUCUUUCUAAGACCACCCCAAAAACCAUCUUGAAAAUCAUGAUAAAAUAUAAGUACAAUAGAGAUUACAGUACUUAAUGAAUAAUUAUGAUUUUUGAGGUAUAAAACUACGUAAGCGUUCUUUUACCAUAUUGGUGUGUAGAAAUAUCAAACCAUUUUUACCAUUAAACAGUUUUUUUUUAUUUUUGACUCGAAAAUCAUUGUAGAUACGUUGUUACACUAAUCCAGUUAUCAAAGAUUUAUGCAAUCUCCAU